CGGCGCUGGGCGCGUGGGCAGCUGGGCGCGGUGCGUAGCCGCCUUUCUGCUGCGUUCCGCUGUGUUUCUGCUUGUCAGGGAGCCUCCGUCUCCCUCCAAAGGGCGGAGUUUUGAGUUUCUUUCCAAUGGCUUAGAGCCUGUCAUUUCCUCAAAGUGGAGUUUCCCCUCCCACCCCUCGUGCUUUUGUUCCCCCCGUAAUCUCGGCAUCACCUGGGAGCUUCUUUUAGAAAUGCAGAGUCUCAGCCCCACGCCAGACCUGCAGAAUCAGAACUUAUAUGUUAACACGCUUUCCAGGACUCAAAAUACACACUAAAAAGUCUGAGGCGCACUGAUGUAAAGUAACAGUGGCAGGCUUUUCCAAAAACAGUGCCCCCUCCCCCCAAAAAGUGCCUUGCCUGCUUCUUUUGGGGGAUCCUCAUUAGAGGAUAAGGUCCAGUGUGAGAGCUUCCUGUUUGGUGCGUAAACUCGGGUUGGUCCUCGCCUCCCCCCUCGCCCCCACGCUGUUGUCUGCAGCAAAACUGACCCGUCCACUGAGCGACGAACAAAGCGUGCAGACUUCUUAUUGGAGCUCAUUCUUGUAUUCGCGUUCCGCGUUCCAAUGAGAAGUCACCAAACGUUUCAGUUGUUAUUCACUACACCUGCAGGAAACUUUUAGGAGAAAAGUUCCCGCGUUUGCUUGGUAGUAUGUGGCCCCCUCGAUUAUUCCCUUGUGACUGCCGUGUCAAAGAGAGUAAGUUAGAUGUUAAAAUCCUGGAGCUUUUACUACUCGGGGCCGCUCAAGAGGGAGCCUAAAGAAGGGGGUAUGCCCAUGGAUAUUUCUGUAGUGCCAUGCUCACUCCAGGUGAAGACCCCGGAAGGCUGCACAGAGCUCCAGCUUCCAGCAGAGGUCAGGCUCGUGCCUUCCUCCUGCCGAGGACUGCAGUAUAUCCCGGGAGAGGGACUGCACCUGCGACUGCAGGUGCGGGCAGAAUCUGAUGCCAAACUGAUUUCAAUGUUUAAUCAAAGCUUGCAAGCCCAAGGAUGUUGCACAUUUUAUUGCCAGUCCUGCGGUGAAGUCAUAAUAAAGGACAGGAAGCUCCUCAGGGUGCUCCCAUUGCCGAGUGAGAACUGGGGAGCGCUAGUUGAAGAAUGGUGUUGUCAUCCUGACCCCUUUGCUAAUAAGCCUCUUCAUCCACAAGAGAAUGACUGUUUUAUUGGAGACUCUUUCUUCUUGGUGAAUUUAAGAAGUGAUUUAUGGCAGCCAAAACCUGAACGAGCCCCAGUGGAGACACAGUGUUCUUCUGAGAACCAUUUUAAAUUGAAACCAAAGGCAAAUACCAAAGUAAUUUGUAAGCGUUGCAAGGUAAUGUUGGGAGAGACCAUGUCAUCAGAAACCACCAAGUUUUAUAUGACAGAGAUAAUUAUUCAGCCAUCUGAAAGAAAAUUUUCUAUCAUACCAAGGUCUCAGUUUGUACAGAGUGUUAUUGCCCAGUGUCUAGUGGAACUCUCCGCUGCUAGAAGCACUUUCAGAUUCACUAUUCAAGGUCAUGAUGGCAAAGCGUACAUCCUGCUAUGGCUUUUAAACUCAGAUAGUCUGGUGAUUGAAUCUUUGGGAAGUUCCAAAAGUAUCAAAAAGUUCCCCCUGUUGGAAGAUAACUUGAAGGCAGAUUCCUGUUCUGCCUGGAAUGCUGUCAAGGUCCUCUACCAGCCAUGCAUCAAAAACAGGAAUGCAAAGCUUUGCAGUGCUUGGGAAAGUGACAUCAGCAUCCACUCUCUAACCCUGCCCUCUGCAACCUGCUUGGAGCUGCUGCUGAUAUUAUCAAGGAAUAAUGCCACACUGCCUCCAUCCCUUCGCUCUAUGAAUUCCUUUCAGGUGGCCUUUUUGAAGAUGUAACUGUUGGAGCUGAAGCCUCCUCUCCCCACAGACAGCUCUCCGGCCAGAGCAUGCGGGAGGUCCGUGUUCUGCACGGUGGGCUGUGGUCACAGACAAAGAUACUGGAGCUCCAGAGUGAGUGUGUGGCAUUGAAGUUGUGAGUUGGUCUGUUGCCAUAUAGUCUCUAAGAGAAGAGUUCAUUUCAAAUGUAACGAGAAGUAAGGUGGCAAAGAAUGUUCCAGUAGCAGAGAAGUUAUGACUCUGUUUCCCACAGAGAGAAUAUUCAGGUAUGUGCUAUGUCAGCAGCACCUGGAAGGAUGUUCGCUCGUGGAAUCCCAUCUGUCCUUUGGGGGCUGCAGUGGGGACUCUGCUGGUGGAACCGAAUGUUAACUGCUAUAUAUCUAAGCAAGAGACUUAUAAACUGCCCAUUCAGUUUGUGGAAAACAAAUUUUUAGAAAGAAAAAUACAGAAUUUUGUAUACCUGAUUCAGAAGGGAUGCUCCCUGAAUAAAUGUGUGUUGAAUGAAUGAUUAUCAGAUUAAAGGUUUUCCUGUGUGUGCAAACCUGCACGUGUUUUUUUUGUUGUUGUUGUUCCUUAUUCCCUUUACCAAAUACUGUGGUCUGUUGACUAAUGGACCUCACUAGCCUCCCGGUACAGAAGUGUCUUAAUCCUUGUGUGCCAAAGCAGGUGGAGAGGAAACCCUGGAAGGAAAAGGACAGAGCUAGAGGGAAUCCAACAGAGCUUGGGUGAGCUGCUGAUUUCACAGAGAAGGUUCUGUCCUUGCCUGCUGUCACCGUCUCCGGGUAAAGCUGGGAUGGGGGCGGAGCUGGGCAGAUCUCCUUUCCCACCUGCAGUCAAGAGGAGGGGCUGCGUCUACAUCCAGCCUACUGGGGUUCAUCCGAGCCUGCAGACUACCACCACACUCUCUCCCCCAAACACACAGGUUUAACCUCCUCUAAUUUCCUAAUACUCAAAAUACCAGUGUUCCUCAGCCUUGUGCUUUGCGGAACUUUUUGUUUCACCAAGACACUUGCCUCCCAGCCGCGCAGCAUGGUGGGCUCUUCUAAUCUGUCACUGGCAGACGGGCAGAGGCAUAAAACCCAUCUGUUUGACCUGCAGAGCCCCUUUAUUAAGCACAGUCGGAAACAUGGAAGAUCUCAGUGAUCUGUCCAAGACACACGGCCAGAGACAAGAAUUAGUUUGGCUUCUCGUAGGCUACUAAGCUCCCAAACUCAAAGCUGGUUUUUCGUGCUUUAGAUUUCUCCUUGUCUGUAUAGAGCAGGAUUUUUCAAUGUUGCCAUUUACCUCUGGGGCUACGUGAUUGUUGUGGGAGACUGUCCUGUCCUGUGGGAAGGAAAGAUCUUUUUCCCUAUAGCCUCCUAGGUUCAAUGGCUGCAGCUUGCAAAUAAACUGAUAAAAAACAGAUUAACAAGAAAAAAAAAAAACAAUUACAUACCUCCACAUGGGAGUUUCACAAAGGAAUGAGACUCAAGGAGGUGGUCAGAUAACUGAGGUUUAUAUACUAUCUUGGGCUAAACAAAGAAGGAAAAGAGUUUGGGCUUCUUGGCAGGGUAGGCAAAUUAUAGGAAGGUGAGGGAAGGAAAUGUAUGGUAAUAGGGUUGUCUUGUUAUGCAGAUAAGUUUCUCAGAUGAUAAGAGUUGUCUCCCAGAGUAGCUCUCUUCCGGUACAGACAUGUCCUUACAAAUGGAAAUUUCCUUUAUAAAUGUAAAUUUCAUUUGCGAAAGAGGAAAUUUAUACUUUAUUUUUAGGCAGUUACAUGGAGGUAAAGAGCUUUUUCUGCUUCUGCUUGCUCUCGAUUGUCUUUAGCUCAAAAUAAUCCUUGUGUCCCAGGGGUGGAUGUUGGGGUGAUGAAGUCCGACUGGUGUACCUUUGAGGGCACAAAAGGGUAUUUAUUUAGCAGCCUCAUUGGCCUCUACCCACCAGAUUCCAAUUGCCCCCUACCUACUUGUAACAACUAAAAAUAUCAGCAGACAUUGCCCUGGUGUCCAAAAUUGACCCCAGUUGAGACCCACUGCCUUAGAGAAUGAAACAAGAUUUUGUUGAUAGGGAAAAACUGUACUCUAAGAUGGCCGACCAAACCAGCAAGGGAAUUCCAGUCCC